UGCUGUUAUAACGCAUGCUCCGUACCAAUUAGUCAAGAACUAGGCGGCAGUAUUUGAGUUCGUCUGUGUAAUAUAGUCUGGAAAUUUCAUAAGUGCUAAUUUUUGAAGUUUUUAAAGAAAAUGGCUCAGAAAAGGAAACGUUUUUCUCAAAUAUUUCAUAAAAAAGAAAGUGAUGAUUAUAGAAGAUUAUCCUUAGCUUCACCAGAUGAAAAUUCAAGAUGUUAUAGAGAGUCAUUUUUAGAAAAUGAACCAAAAAAAGUGAAGCAAGCUCGUUCUGAAAGAUUAUCAACAUGGGAACGUAGGAAGCAAUAUGACUAUGAAGUAAAGAAAUUACAUUCAGACAAAUCAGCUUCACCUUGUUUGAAAAACAGAUCUAAAGUGCCAAUCUUGAGAAAUGGUAACUCUAAAAGAAGAACAAAAAAUACUAGUAAUUUACUAAAAUCAAGUUCAUCAAGUUUUCAUGAAGAUUUUGAAAAACAAAAUGAAAAUACAAAUAAUAAGGAAAAUAUCUCAGAAACAACAAAAACAAUAAGAUCAUUGACAUUUACAGUGAGAAAGCCUUUAUUUCCAGUAUUACAGAACUCAGAAGAUGAUGAUAAAAAUAACUGUAGUUUAUUGACAGAUAAAUUAUCUGAACAGAAUUCUGACACAUCUGAAGAAUACAAAAAAUGUGAAAAAUCAAAUAAAGUAAUUAGAAACCAUUCCUAUGUUGUUUCAAAAUGUGAUAAUUCCAAGUCUUUACCAAAUAUAUCUCUAUAUGAAAGAAGUUUUGAGGAAUGGAUAAAUUCAAAGAAUUUAACAUUGCUGCAAUACAGGAACAUAAAUUACUUUGAUAGCUACUUAUCUAAAAUGGAAAAUAAAUAUAUCAAUGAUAAAGAUUUUAUGAAACAGAAGAAAAAUGGAAUAACUUGUGAAAAGCCUCAAACAUUACCCAGUAUUAAUUGGCAGAAACUACUGAUAGAAUUGAAAGCUCUUUUAGAAAAGGACCUUCCAGUACAAUUUGCAACUUGCUUUCUUGAUGGAAUAAAAAUUUAUAUGCCAUCUUGUAUUGAUAAUUCUCUUUACUGGGAAUGCAAAGGUAUUUUAGCAAUUAAAGAAGGAAAUGAAAGAGAUGCAUUAGAAUUUUAUGAUAAAGCUAUAAAUAUUGAAGAAAAGUCCGAUGCUGUUUUUGAAGUCUAAUAAAUUAAUUAGUUUAUCAAGAUUGAAAUUUAAAGAAAUUAAAGAACUUAAUAAAAUCAGGAUGGCUCAAUAGUGCUUAAAUUUAUACUUCAAAAAUAAGAAUAUAAACAGCAUUAAAAUUUAAAUGAUAGUUUUUAUAAUGUUCAAUUAUCAUUUUAAUUGUAUCAAAGAUUUUAUAC